CUUUCUUUUUAUACAUAAACAUAACACCAUGUCUGCAUUUGUGAUCGUACAAAUGACAAACAAGCACUACUCUAUGCUGCUCAAAACUCCCAUCCGAAUAGUCAGUAGCAAAUUAUAUAAAUAUGAAAAUGUACUUACAGGCUGUGAGUCAGAAGCGCCAGACUGUCUUUGCAAAGUUGGAAUUGCCCCACUUUAUAGUGUGCACAGCCAUAGGCUACUCUCUCAGGUUCAGGAAACAGUCCUCUGUAAAAUGCGUUGCACACACUCAAAUAUUUGCAUUGUACUGUUCUGUAACAGUGCUGUGAAUAUAACUUAACCACUGAUUUCUAGUUGUGUACUCAUUUAGAAGGCUAAACAAAGUAGUUUUGUUUUCGCAAUGAAUCACAGUGUCUCCACAACAUGGCGGCAGCUGCAGUAAUACUACAGAGAGAAUAAAAGUUACACCUUCUUUUUUUGAGUAUACAUUUGGGCAGUAUUAUGCAAAUCUUCCCACACAGUGACGUGGAUUUGUGGGGGCGUGUUUAAAUGAGCUGUUUUAGGAAGGUGUAGCUGAGUCUUAACUUUUAUAAAAAAUAUCUCUUUGGGUUUUAGACUUUAAUCUUUGCAACUUUACAGAGCUUAUAUAUGCACAAACAGCUUGUAACACUCCAAAAGCAAAGGAAAACUUGAAAUCACAUCAUAACUGAAAUCAUGACAUCAUGAAACAGUCUAGUAAUAGUCUAAAGAGAGUUAGCUGACAUGUAGUUGCAAAGGUACUUAUAAUUAGUAAAACGUCUAAAGCGGCCUUCUGAAAUAAAGUGUAACCUAGAGGAAUAUUUAACAUACUAAUUUGCUAAAGCAUGUGUUUGUUUGCACAAAUGCAAACAUAUGUGCGUUGGAUGCUUUGUACUCGCCUACCAAUCCCUCCCACAGACAUUUUGGUAACUAUGUGGACUGUGGUUAAGAGAUCCUUUCAUUUCAAGUGACCACAUCGUCACAUCUCAUGAACUUCUUCAGGGACAAUUAUAUUUAAGUGCUCCACAUCGAAGCUGCUCCCUCUCGAAAUGAAGAACUACUGGGUAUUUGCUUUGCUUUUUACAAAUGUUUGCUUUAUGAAUGCGAUUCCAAAGGACACAUUUUUCCCUUUUGGAUUAUCUGAAGGGGAUUCAGUUCUUCAGGAAGGUGAUGAUGAAGUGUCUGAAGCCUUGAAGAUAAAAAAGCCAUUACAGUUCUACAACGUCCAGUUCAACAUUUUUUAUGUUUCCACAAAUGGGUUCUUGUCCCUUCAGCCUCCUCCUGACGAGAGUCAGUAUUUAAGAAGCAUGUUUCCUCUCAGCUUCUCUGCCAUCGCACCCUUCCUGACAGACAUUAGUUCAGGACCGGGGAAAGGAUCUGUGUAUUACCGUGUGGAGGAAUCAUUAGAUGUAUUAAACCGGGCUUCUGAAAUGGUGCAGCAGAGUUUUACCAGUUCUACAUUUAAGCCCAGCCACACAGUCAUUGCCACAUGGGACAAUGUUGCAUGUGAAGAGGAAGGGCUCCAGCUCUCAUUUACACAUUGUGUAACCAGUUUCCAGGUUGUGAUGGCCGGCAAUAGAUCAGAUACAUAUGCCUUGUUCCUGUAUCCUGAGGAUGAGCAGCAGAUGCUAAAUAUCAGUUGCAAUCAUACUAACAUGUCAAAUGGACAUGCCAAACCUCAGGUUGGUUUUAAUAGAGGUGAUACAUCCACCACAGAAGAGCUCUUCUACAGUCUGUUUGCCUCUAAUGAAACCAGCAAGAACCUUUUUCAGGCAGGGAACACUGGGAUACAUGGAUUGUGGAUUUUCCACAUCGGAUCCAGCCGGUUCCCAUUCCUGAAGGUAGUUCCUGCUUCCAUCCCCAAGUCUGAUUCUAUAGGUUUUGGUAGCUUGCGCAGCAACACAGAUGAAGAUUUCUACAUUAUGGUAGAAUCAGACACUCCUUCAGGUAAAUCUACUUCUACAGCCCAAAUGGAGAUCCCAGCUUCACUUGUUCAACACCCCUCAAAACCAAACCAAGAACUGCUACAAGCUACUUCAAAAAAUGUAACUAAAUUGUGUGGCCUGCAUCUGAAAUUCUGCUCUCAGGAUGGUUAUUGCACUGACUAUCAAACUGGUCCGUGUUGUCAUUGCCGUUCUGGUUAUUACGGCAAUGGCAGACAAUGUUUACCCCUGGGUAUUUCUCAGCCUUUGAGUGGAAAGCUGAGUGGCCUUGUUUCUGUUGGAGACACUAAAGUUAAGCUAAACAAUGUGGACAUCCAUGGCUUUGCUGUGGUGGGAGAAGGUCGUGUUUACAUCUCCAUCAGUCCUGUCCCAGGUCAGGCAGGUUGGGCUCUGAUGGCUGUGAGCCCGCUAGUCUCCACAAUUGGCUGGCUGUUUGCUCUUGAGCUCCAAAAUCAUCUGAAUGGCUUCAGCAUAACUGGUGCUGAGUUCUCUCAUCAGGCAGAGCUGGUCUUCAGCCCACAAGGUCAGCGUGUUACCAUUAUUCAAGAGGCUCAAGGAAUGGAUUUAUUCAACCACUUGAAUUUCAGCAUUAGGAUCAGUGGAGAUUUACCUAGCAUUCCCAAUGGUGCAAAAGUUCAUAUUCUGCCAUAUAAAGAGACCUAUCAAUACAACAAAUCAGCUGUGACAUCAUCUUCACUGCGAGAGUACAUGGUGGUGUCAGAAAAUGGUGGAUCUGAGACAUUCUCCUACAUGCUACACCAGAAUGUGAGUUUCCGUCCCUGUGAGCACGGCCCAUGGACCAUACCGGACUUUCAGCAGGUGAAUGUGGAGCAUCUGAUGGUCAUGUUCACAGAAGGAACCACCCUUAGAUAUGCCAUAACUAACAAAGUGGGACCUGUAGGAGGUGAGCUCCCUGGGCUUGAGUUGAACCCUUGUUCGACUAGGAAGCACCAUUGUGACCCAAUGGCCCUCUGUCUGCCAGGGGAUGGCACUCAUUACCACUGUCAGUGUGCAAUGGGCUUCCAGGGGGAUGGACGCAACUGCUAUGAUGUAGAUGAGUGCGCUGAGGGGCUCAGUUCCUGUGGUCCUCACUCCGAGUGUGUGAACAUGCCGGGUGGCUAUCACUGCAACUGUCAAACUGGCUAUGAGUUUGACCUCGAUUCACAUGUGUGUGUGGAUAUCGAUGAGUGUUUUCUUCAGCUCUGUCAUCCGUUUUCUUCCUGCUUCAACACCCAGGGCUCCUUCCACUGCCAGUGCUGGCCUGAAUACAGAGGCGACGGCUUCCUCUGCCAACCACCACAGAAGCACAGACCCCCAUUAACUGUGUGCCAGCAGCACAGAGAAAGUCUGCAGGAGAGUCUAAGUAUCUACCCUGGUCUGGAGGCCUUCAUUCCUCAGUGUGAUGAAAAAGGGCAGUACAAGCUCCUGCAGUGUCUGGGCAGCACUGGACACUGCUGGUGUGUGGACAGUAGAGGGCAGGAGAGAGUGGGCACCAGGACAAUGCCUGGCACAGCGCAUGCCAACUGUGAUCAACCAGCGGCACUGCUUCCCCGUGCGGAGACUGUGUGUGAGCGCUGGAGGCUUUCACUCAUGACUCACUACAGUGGUCAGCCGUCUUCUCAGGACUACAUGCCCCUGUGUGACGCUCACGGGAAUUUCCUGCCUGUGCAAUGUUAUGGCAACAGCAGUUUCUGCUGGUGUGUGGACAGUCAAGGCGUGGAAAUGCUUGGAACACGCUCAUACGAUGAUGUAAAGCCCCCCUGUAUCUCAAUUGAUGCUUCAUCAUUGAAUAAUGCACUGAUGUAUCCUGUGAUAAGAUCCUCUCCUUCAGGGCCUGCUAUCCUUUACACACAAGCCUCACAGAUUGGAGUCAUUCCUCUUGAUGAAACAGAUCCAGUUCAAGAAAAAUCCACUAUUUUACUAGCCUUAAAGGACUCCACUGUGAUUGGAAUCGACUAUGAUUGUCAGGAGAACAUGAUAUAUUGGACAGAUUUUGGAAGACACACCAUUAACAGAGCGGUCUUGGAAUUUAGGUCUGAGCCUGAGGCUAUUAUCAGCCAAGGCUUGGUUCAGCCGGAGGGAAUUGCGGUAGACACUGUGCACAGGAAGUUGUUCUGGGUAGACAGUGGGAAAGACAGGAUCGAGACCUCCAGUCUGGACGGCAGCAACAGAAAAGUGUUGAUUGAUUCAGAUUUGGUGAAUCCCAGAGCCAUCAUAGUGGAUGCUAACAGUGGAACCUUAUAUUGGACCGACUGGAACCGUGAUGCUCCCAAAAUAGAGAGUUCAUCACUGGAGGGGCAUAAGAGAAAAGUACUGGUGCAAGCGGGUCUCAUGCUGCCCAAUGCCUUGACAUUAGACUUGGAUACAAAUCACCUGUGCUGGGCAGAUGCAGGAACAAAGAAACUGGAGUGCAUAUCUCCAAACGGGACUGAGAGACGUGUGUUCCAGGAUGCUUUGAACUACCCUUUCAGCCUGGCCAUCUAUAACAGACACUUUUACUACACUGACUGGGAGAGGGAUGGGAUAGUGGUAAUAGAUCAAAGCACUGGGAAAAACACAGCAUAUCUCCCUAUUCAGCAGUCACACUUAUAUGGGAUUACAGUUAUUCCAUCUCAGUGUAUAUAGCUCCUGGAGUCGUCAGCCCUUCCUCCACCAUGGCUCGUCCCUCCGUCGACUCCGCCGUGGGCUGCCAUCAUAGCUGUGGCCUGGGUCUUGCCUGGCUCCUCCUGCUCCGGGUCCCUUCUGUCUCCUCCUUGGCUCCUCCCUCCAUCUGAUCCACCUUGGACCCUUCUGUCCCCUCCAUGGCUCCUCCCUCCGUCGUCACCACCAUGGACUUUGUUUGUUGUCCUCCUCCCGGAAGCCCAUCCUCCGCCAGAGCCUCCUCCUACACAGACUUUCUGUUGUCAUGCCACGUCCACUCCUUUGUUUUUGUUUUUGUUUUCGGGGCGCAAGGUCACACCUUCUUCCUUCAGUAAUGUCACACUAUAAUAUAAUCCACUAUUUAAUAUAAUCAUUGUGGAUUAUAUUAAAGACUUUUGGAUUUCACCUUCAUCCUUGUGCGAGUUCGUCCAUUAAAAGUUCAAAGCAAGAGGAAAAUCUGUGCUGAAACAGCGUAAUGAGAAUCAUUCAUAAAUCUGCUGCUAUCAACAAAAAGAAGUACUGAGGUCUUCUUGCGGGUUUCCGCCAAAAUAAAAGUUAACAGUAAUAAAUGUUAGUAUUGUAAUUUUACUGUUGUUUUGUAAAAUAAAAUAAAAAAGUAAGACAAAAAUAAUGAUAACAAUAAUUACAACAGCUCUAUUAAUACAUUUAUUAUAACAUUCACACAUAGUGUUCAAAUUGGGAUCUGUAAUAUUUUCUAAUGUUUUAAAAGAAGUCUCUUCUGCUCAGCAAGGCUGCAUUUGUUUGUAUAUUAAAAGCACAUGCAUGAUUCAAGAAGGGGGUCUUAAAAUGGGCAAAGAAUAUUAUUAUACUAGCUUAUUAAUUUUAAGUUAAAUUGUGCUUUGUUGGUAAGCUAUAAUGUC